AUGAAUUUUGGUAACCAGACGCCAACGAUUGUUGUAUUGAAGGAAGGAACAGAUGCUUCUCAAGGUAGAGGUCAGAUCAUCUCAAACAUCAAUGCUUGUAUUGCAGUUCAAGAGGCACUAAAGCCAACAUUGGGUCCACUUGGUUCCGAUAUCUUAAUUGUCUCCUCAAAUCAAAAGACCACAAUUUCCAACGAUGGUGCUACUAUCCUGAAAUUACUUGAUGUUGUGCAUCCUGCCGCUAAGACCUUAGUGGAUAUCUCUCGUGCCCAGGAUGCUGAAGUCGGUGAUGGUACCACAAGUGUUACUAUUUUGGCUGGUGAGCUAAUGAAAGAAGCCAAACCAUUCUUAGAAGAAGGCAUUUCAACUCAUCUGAUUAUGAAGGGCUAUAGAACAGCUGUAAAAUUAGCCACCGAUAAAAUAAAAGAACUGGCAGUGGAUAUAGGAUCUGAUGGUGAAGUUAACAGGGAACUUCUGGAACGUUGUGCAAAGACCGCCAUGACCUCUAAGCUAAUUUACAAGAAUGCUGAUUUCUUUGUGAAGAUGUGUGUUGAUGCAGUUCUUUCUCUAGAUAGAGACGAAUUAAAUGAUAAACUAAUUGGUAUCAAGAAGAUUGCUGGUGGUGCCAUGGAAGACUCUAUUUUUGUUGACGGUGUAGCUUUCAAAAAGACAUUCUCCUACGCUGGUUUCGAACAACAACCAAAGAAAUUUAACAACCCAAAAAUUUUAAGUUUGAAUGUAGAAUUGGAACUGAAAGCUGAAAAAGACAACGCCGAAGUCCGUGUUGAACAUGUGGAGGACUAUCAAUCUAUAGUUGAUGCCGAAUGGCAGUUAAUAUUGGAUAAACUAAAGCAAAUCGAGGAUACCGGAGCGAACAUUGUGCUUUCAAAGCUUCCUAUUGGUGAUUUAGCCACUCAAUAUUUUGCUGACAGAAAUAUCUUUUGUGCAGGUAGAGUAGGUGCGGACGAUAUGAACCGUGUUAUUCAAGCAGUAGGCGGUGCCAUUCAAUCAACGACAAAUGAUAUACAUGAUGAACACCUGGGUACUUGUGAAGUAUUUGAAGAAAUUCAGAUUGGUUCCGAACGUUACAACCUAUUUAAAGGUUGUCCAAAUGCUAAAACAAGCACUUUACUGUUAAGAGGUGGUGCAGAACAAGUAAUUGCUGAAGUAGAAAGAUCCUUACAUGAUGCCAUAAUGAUUGUAAAGAGAGCUCUACAGAAUAAAAUGGUUGUUGCAGGUGGUGGUGCAAUUGAAAUGGAAAUAUCCAAAUACCUAAGAGACUACUCAAAAACAAUUGCCGGUAAACAACAAUUAAUUAUACAUGCAUUUGCAAAGGCCUUGGAAGUUAUUCCAAGACAACUAUGUGAGAACGCUGGUUUUGACGCCGUUGAACUACUUAAUAAACUAAGACUUGCUCACAGUAAGGGCGAGAAAUGGUUUGGUAUUGAUUUUGAGAAUGAAAAUGUGGGUGAUAAUUUUGCCAAAUUUGUAUGGGAGCCAGCUUUGGUUAAGAUAAAUGCUCUAAGCAGUGCGACUGAAGCCACAAACUUAAUUCUAUCGGUCGAUGAGACUAUCAAAAACAAAGAAAGUCAGGGCGCAAAUGCCGGUAUGCCUGCUCCAGCUGGAAGGGGUCGUGGCAUGCCUAUGGGCAUGUGA